CUCGGGCUCAGACGGAAAUUGAGUUCAUGGGAAGCAAGUGUUACUCUCCACCCUGAUCUCUUCCUGGAAGUUAGACUGACCUUUAUAUGCCUCAGUCUGAAUCGAGCACUGAACACCGAGAAACCUUUUAAAACACCAGAAGUAGCGAAAAAAAUCAUUGGCCUUUUUUGGAGCUGACAUUCACCGACAUAAACAAGAUGGGCUGUAAGGUUCUGUGUCCAAGUGUUGCUCUUCUUGCUUAUCUUAUCAUCUGUCAACAUGUCCGAGCGCAAUGCGCACCGCCGCCUUUUGCAUCAAAUGUCAUUUUAACAUCAGAGUAUCUCCCAACUCAAAGUUUCCCAGAUGGAUCCAAAGUAACAUUUGAGUGUGUGAUUGGACACAAGCCAGCUGACUCAAAAGCAUCUAAAUCGGUUACCUGUCAGGGAAACCAGUGGACAAGUCUGGAACUCAGUUGCACAAGAAAACUCUGUGGAAGCCUGAGGGAUUUUCUUAAUGGGAGAUAUGAAAUGACUGGAAAUUUAUUUGGUGACACAGCUAAACCAGUUUGUGACAAAGGAUACAUGUUAGCGGGUCAGGAAGCAACAAGAACAUGCAGAGAUCAGGGAUGGGAUGGCCGAGAUCCUCUCUGUGAAUCUGUGAAAUGUACAGCACCUCCAGCCAUAGAAAAUGGGCAACUUGACAAUGAGCCUUUGGAGAGUUAUGAGUAUUUACAAGCAGUCUCUUAUAGAUGUAACGGAGGACUUAAUCUUAUAGGACAAUCAACACUUCAUUGUUCUGAGGAUGGAACCUUUAAACCAGAUCCACCGAAAUGUUUUGAUGGGUGUCCAACGCCUAAAAUUCCUAAUUCAAAAAGAACUGGUGGAAAAUCACCCCCCUACAAGCUGGGUCACUUUAUAGAAUACAAAUGUGAUGAUGGCUAUACACUGCCAAGAAAAGGUUAUAUUGUGUGUAGAGCAAAUGGAUGGGACCCUGAACCACCAAGGUGUAUUGAGAAUUGUCGUUUGCCUGAGUUAAGUGAACAUGUCACUUUAACAGAGGAAUUCCGCUCACGUGGAAGUUUUACGCAUGGAUCCAAUGUAAUAGUUGGAUGCAUUAGUGGAUAUGAGCCAGUUGAUGCAACAGUAUCUAAAACAAUUACCUGUGAGGAAACCAAGUGGACAAAAUCACCCUUGACUUGUAAAGCCCUACCUACAACUCCCCCUACUGCCACAACUACCACAACUGCUGUGACUUCCACAGUUCGUACAACGUCCAAGGCUCCUAAAGAGAAGGCCCUACCUACAACUCCCCCUACUGCCACAACUGCUGCAACAUCCAAGGCUCCUAAAGAGAAGAAGGAAGACACAACAGAAACAAGUAUGCCUACAUGGCAAAAAGGAAUUCUUGGUGUAGUUGGUGUGGUGGCUGCUGGUGGAUUGCUGUGCCUUGUGUAUUUCAAGUUUAUCAAGAAACGACUUUUGGAUUGCAGCUCAGAACAUGAAAAGGUUGCUAAAAAGGAUGAGGAAGAAUUAUAAGUCCCUCGCAUAUCUGGUCUUCAUGAAGUUGUCCUGGAUGAAAUCCAAGUGAAGAAUCCUGCAAAUAUAAAACUUUUAUAUACGCACUUCCCAGAAUCUGGCAAAAAGCAGGCUGAUUUCCCGCAACAAAUUCCUCCAUAAUCAGACCCAGUGUUACUUUGAAAAAGCAAGCUUGAUUUGGAGUAACUCUUUUCUAGCAGUCGCUAACUUUUUUCCCAUUCUGUACUAUUCUGAAACAGAUCUGUCUCCGCAUAAGUCAGGUUUAUUUCACUUUUAUAAAGUGUAUGUUUGUCAUUUCUUAAUUUUUAACACUGUUAAUACAAUGAUCACUCUUCUCAAUGAUGUUGCUGUUCCUGAAAAAAAUCUAAGUAUUUAUGACAACAAAAGUGCACUUGACUGUCCCUUAACUCACUGAUUUAACCAGGGGUUACAUUUAACAUGAAUAUUUAUGUAGCAAGUCUAAUCAAAUCUCUCAUUUAAAAGAAAUGAAUGUCUGAAUUUGUAACUUCCAUAGUAUUUGUGAAUCCACAUUGUACAAACAAAACCAAAUGUUGUAUAAUGCUCAAGGCUUUGUUUUUGUUUUUUUUAAUUUUGCCUAUUGUUACUUUUCAUUUGGAUAAAACAGGAUGUGUAUGUUCCAGUAAAUAUUUUGCAGAAUGUGAUUUGCUGUGCAGAUUUUAAAUUGAAAGUUCUGUUUAAUCCUGCUUAAGAACUUAAAGUGCCUUUUCAUUCUAAGGUUUUUGUAAAGUGUUAUCUAGCUGUAUGUUUUCAGCAGAAUUUGGAUAGGUUCUAAUUACAUUAGAAAUGCUUUGUUAUUGGUCUCGAUUACAGACUUAGAUCUAAUGAAGAAAAAGAAAAGACAGUUUGGUAAACCUCUCAUUUCUGCGAUGUUAAAAUUUACUUGUCUAUUUUAUUAAUAUUUACAGAAUUUUCCAAAGUACUCAAACCCAAAUACCUACAGAGGCCUAAUUGUUAUUGGGCAUUGUUUUUCCUCUUUUGGGAAAGUUUGCUCUAAAAUGCUAUAAUUUAUACAAACUUGCUCUUGCCAAAUUGCAGUCAAGUAAAAUAGUCUGUAGUUUAGUUCAGUUAAUAUUUUCAGCCAUUUUUGUUAAAAUAGUAAUUUAAUUUGAAUAGCAAAAUGUUUCCCCAAAUGAGUCAUUUUUCAUUUGUGUGUGUGUUGAAAUUGCCUGUUUUACUGUUUGUUUGUUUUUUCAGCUUGCAAUUUCAAACAUGUAUCAUAUUGUUGCAAUUAGGAGUUUGGAAUGGUUUUGAACCACUAUUUUAUCUGCCAUUUUAAAUUAGGAAUGCUCUAGUUCUAGUUCUACCAAUCAACAAAGUUGAUCAAAUAUAAAUCCACCUCUCGCAAUUCUGUAUUUCACUGAGAUGUCUGGGUCCCUGGAACAUCUCAAAAUAAAAGCUCCACAAACAAAACAGAACACUUGGGUUCUUAACUGAUAAAUGCUUCCGUUUGUUUGUUUUAUUUUAGUUCUUAGUGCUUAAGUCUGCAAUAUCUGAUUCUGUUUGACAAAGUGUGAUGUAAAAUUAGAUUUUGCAAGACCAGUAGCUACAUCUCAUAUUCAACCAGUACAGCUGCUUUCUGUAUCACAAGGCUGCCAAUAAACCAUGUUCAGUCACCGUAUUGCACUUCCCCUAAAAGCAUUGUUACAAGGAGCAAUCAAUUGAGAUGUUCAGUUAUAGUUUAAUCAUUCAUCUAGUAAAAAGGAUGUUCAUAACAUGAUUACAAUGCCCUGCUCUGAUUGCAAAUCUAGUGACAUGAACUGUUCUUCUGUAUCAGUAGAAUAUACAGUGUAUGUUUCACAUGUAUUCCCAACAAAACACACUGUAAAAAUAAAACAUUCAACAUGAA